GAGAGCGGACUCGAUCCUGCGCUCCGGCGGGGCUGACCUGCCUGCGUCCAGCCCCCGCGCCCUGGGCCUCCCUGGGUCUGGGUCUGGGUCCGAGUCUGGAUCUGGCCCUGCGCUCAGGGCCCGCGGAGGAGACUAUGGACCCCGCCGGGCGCCCCCGGGGCCAAGGGGCCACGGCAGGGGGGCUGCUGCUCCGGGCUGCUGCGGCCGCCAAGGGUCUCAGGGAAGACCUGUGGGGCGCGGCCGCCCUGCCUUGGAGGAGCCUGUCCCGGAUCCCGAAGCGGGAGGGUCUUGGAGAGGAGGACACAGCAGUUGCCGGACACGAGCUCCUACUCCCAAAUGAGAGAAGCUUUCAGAAUGCUGCUAAAAGCAAUAAUUUGGAUCUUAUGGAGAAGCUGUUUGAAAAGAAGGUUAACAUUAAUGCUGUGAACAAUAUGAACCGCACAGCCCUGCAUUUUGCAGUGGGGAGAAAUCAUUUAUCUGCAGUGGAUUUCUUGCUUAAACACAAGGCCAGGGUGGAUGUUGCUGAUAAGCACGGCUUGACAGUAAUUCACCUUGCAGCCUGGUCUGGGAGCCUUGAGGUCAUGCUCAUGCUGGUUAAAGCUGGAGCAGACCAGAGAGCCAAGAAUCAGGAUGGAAUGAACGCCCUCCACUUUGCCACUCAGAGCAAUCAUGUGCGCAUCGUGGAGUAUCUUAUUCAAGAUCUGCACCUCAAGGACCUGAACCAGCCUGAUGAGAAAGGAAGAAAACCAUUUCUUUUGGCAGCUGAGAGGGGCCAUGUUGAAAUGAUAGAAAAACUUACCUUCCUAAACCUGCAUACUUCAGAAAAGGACAAGGGGGGAAACACUGCCUUGCACCUCGCUGCGAAGCAUGGUCACAGUCCUGCAGUGCAGGUGCUGCUAGCCCAGUGGCAAGACAUAAAUGAGAUGAAUGAGAAUGGAGAAACACCAUUCUUUCUGAGUGUUGAAGGAGGUCAUGAAGAGUGCAGCAAAGUGCUGCUGACAGCAGGAAGUGACAUCAACAUUCCAAAUAAACUCAAUAUCAGUAGUUUGCAGAUAGCAACCAGGAACGGCCAUGCAUCCCUUGUCAACUUUCUUCUCAGUGAGAACGUUGAUCUGCACCAGAAAGUGGAACCUAAGGAGUCCCCUCUUCAUUUAGCUGUUAUCAACAACCACAUCACGGUUGUAAACAGUUUAUUAAGUGCACAGCAUGAUAUUGACAUCUUAAAUCAGAAGCAGCAAACCCCUCUGCAUGUAGCUGCUGAUCGUGGAAAUGUGGAACUGGUGGAAACCCUGCUGAAGGCAGGCUGUGACUUGAAGGCUGUUGACAAGCAAGGAAAGACUGCCCUGGCUGUGGCCUCCAGGAGCAACCAUAGCCUUGUGGUGGACAUGCUCAUUAAAGCAGAGAGAUACUACGCCUGGAGAGAGGAGCAUCAUGAGAGCAUCAGGGACCCGUCAACAGGCUUUACUCUGACAUUCAAGCAAGAUCACAGUCUGGAGACCAGACACAUUCGCACGCUUCUCUGGGACCUGGCUUACCAUCAGCUGAAGGCCAAUGAGUGGCAGAGGCUGGCCCGUUCGUGGAACUUUACAGAUGACCAGAUUAGAGCCAUUGAGGAGCAGUGGUCGGGAAAUGAAAGCUUCCGUGAACAUGGCCACAGGGCUCUGCUUAUCUGGCUACACGGGACCCUGAUGACUCAGGGUGACCCGGCCAAGCAACUGUAUGAAGAGCUGGUACACGCAGGUUUCCCAAAACUAGCUGAAAAGACUCGUCAUUUCAAAAGCAAAACUGACUCAAACUCCAAGAAAUGUGUAGUUUCAUAAAUGCCUAAAGAAAUUGUAUUUACAUGAUUUUCCACUCAGCAUUCAGUUCUUUUAAUGCCAUAAAUUUCUUCUAGCAGUAGCACUGAUUUUCAACUAUGAUGAUGGUGGUGACAGGGAACUCUAACAGAUGAAAGAAGAGUAAUACCAUGAUACUUUUCAACCACUAAAAAGUCAAAUAUAGUUUUUUUGCUGAGGGCAAGUUGUGAUUUUCCCAUUUCUAUCAUUUGAUGUAAUCCAUGUAAUAAGAUAAUCUAGGACGGUUUUGUAUGUCAUGUUUUUUUAAAAAACUCAUGGGAGCAGCAUCAUGGUACAGUAAAAAAACAACGGUUUUUUUAUAAUAGACAAAUAUGGUUUUGAACUUGGUUUUGCCAAAUAUUAGAUGUGAACCUUUGGGCAUGUUAAUGUUGUUUACGUUCUUAGAUCUUCAGUUUCCUUCUCUAUAAACUAGGAGAGAUGUCUAUUUAAUCCAUAGGGUUGGAAUGAAGAUGAAGGGAAAAUGCCUGUGUAGCCUCAUGCCCAUAGUACGGAAAUCAACUGCUAUUUCUCUUUCAGUAAGAGAAACUGGGUUUGGAAUUUAUAGUCAUUGUUGACUUUAAAUCACACAUUUUAUGUAAUAUAUUACUUAGGAAAGACCAGAAGUAUGUACACCAUUUUUUUUUUUUACAUCUCUUGGUGAUGUAAUUACAGAUGAUUAUUUUCUUUGUACUUUUGGGUACAUUCCAUUCUUUUUUUCACAAAGAACAUGCAUUAUUUUUGUAAUCUAAGAGUUAUGAAAUAAAUGUAAAAUUGAGUAUCAGUUUGUGUCAGUUUAUGUGCACCUAUUCAUUGGAAUUUAAGACUCUCCAUUCUCAGAUUCUGACUCUAAAUUUACAAGGCACAUACUAAAACCAUAAGCAAUUUCAAUCCAGUUAUUCUAUCAUGAAUUUAUAGUUUUAGGUCUUUGUCUCAUACUGAUUAUAAAUGGCCCACUUAAUCUUAUGAAUGUUUAAAACAGGUAAUAGAUUCACAUGAUUCCAAAACGUUUUUCAAAAACAUAUUGAGAAGUAUUGUCCCAUCUGUUCUUCAGUAUGGCCAGUUUCCACUGACCUCUCUUUCUCUAUCACUGCUCCCCACCAGAUUGGGGUAACCUCUUUAUGCAAAAAUAAACAAAUAUGAAUAUAUACUAUAACUGUGUCAAGUGUUAAACUGUUGAAUUUACAUUAACUUAGGCCAACACUAAUUGCUUGGUGCUUUAGACAACAUACAUUUCUAGAGCUUAAAGCUUAAAAAUAUGUUUAUAAUAUUCUUAAUCACAACAUUCAUAAUAUUCACUUCAGUUUGUCCAUAUUGUUUUGGCUUGGAUACUGAAAACCAUUCCUAGUUGUAGUCUAGAUUCCUCAAAAAGUAGAGCUUGUCUAAGACCGAAGUUUGUGUGCAACAACUUUUUCAGAAGUGUACAUCCGGGGAAGGAGCGGAGGAGAAAGGGGAGUUGUCUAGGGAGGAGGGAGAGCAAGAACAAAGCGAAUUACCUAAGUGGCCAUCACUUGGUACAAGCAUAACUGAUUAUUUAAUCUUGGGCUACUCUAUUCCGAGAGACAUGAUAUACUAAUGCAUCUCAGGACAAUUCAUACAGGGAGAAGGAAGGAAGAAUUGGUCUGUUUACCACAAUGCCAAGUAUUAAUUCUGGGUUGCAUGAGUGGGCUCCCCAGUGGAGCCUGCACUAUCCUGACUCAACUGGGAGUGAACAGGGAAGCCCGGGAAGAGCACACACACGGAAAGGGCACGAGAUGAGGUGCUGGUGGUUUGUGUUCAUGAAAAGCUUGCUGAAGACCAUGAGGGGUGGAGCUGUUUACCACAAUGGUAGCUGGGCCAGAAUCCAGAACAAGUGUUGUGUAAAUAUCUAAUACCCUUUAAGAAACAGCCUAGUAAUUCAGAAAGGCCUUAGGAUUCUAUUUGCCUAUCUCACAUUUAUUCUCUGAUGUCCUGUGAACAAUGUGAGGCAGCAAGAAAACCUAUUUCCUAUAAUAAAAAUUAGUGCAGAGAACUUAUAUUCAAAUUAGAAGAGGCUUCAGAUGAUUCACUCCAUCCACUCUGUUAAAAGAGAUGGAAAUUGAGGUCCUGGACAAACUCUUUAGAACCUGUUAAUUUUUAUGUAUAAGUACUGUGAAAUAGUAGGUAGAUUUUAUUCUUAUUUCACAGAUGAGGAUCCAGAGAUUCAUUUAAUUGUCUGGCCCAGACAAUCAGUCAGCAAUGAAACCAUUAGAAGCCAAGUCUUGUUCACCUAAAUCAGUUCUGCCCAGAUGGUUUCUUUGUAUUGGCCAGCCAUUGAAAAAUUUCUGCCCAGGCCUAGGUUUGCUGAGUUGCUCAGGGCUACGCCACCACAGAACAGUGUUUAGAUGUUCGGGGAGAACAAGGUAGGUUCAGUGCUGCAGAGUUUCAAAUAAGGCGAGAAAGAACACCAGAAACAGGCUCAUUCUAACAGGAAAUUUCUGAUACUUCUGUAACUCUAGUGCUAGUAUUACAAAUGUUUUCCCUUUUGGCAUUAAAAAAUGAUUCAUAGGUGUUGCCGUUUCCGUCUAUUUUCAACUGUUAGAGUCCUGGAAAAAUGAAGACUAACAUGUUAAAGCCACAAAAAACGGGGCCGCGCGUGGUGGCUCAUGCCUGUAAUUCCAGCACUUUGGGAGGCUCAGGCGGGCGGAUCACUUGAGGUCAGGAAUUCGGGACCAGCCUGGCCAACAUGAUGAAACUUUGUCUCUACUAAAAAAAGAUACAAAAAUUAGCCGGGCAUGGUGGCUGGCACUUGUAAUCCCAGAUACUUGGGAGGCUGGGGCAGGAGAAUUGCUUGAACGUGGGAGGAGGAGGCAGUGAGCCGAGGUCACACCAUUGCAUUCCAACCUGGGUGACAGAGCGAGACUCUGUCUC